UGUUUACAAGCGCGUUAAAGUUAACGGUGAUGUGAAAUCAUUGUUUAAAAAAAAUUGAUAGGAUAGGUUAAGGUGACUAAGAAUAACUUCGGCUAAUCAAUACGUGUUCCCAGAGUUCUCAGCCGAUAACGUGAUAUUGAGAUUUAGUCAAUUUAUGAAAUAGAAGCGAUUCAAGUAGUUUGGCUAUUAGCCUUUAUAUUCUUGCAGAAGUAGAAGAAGUCAUAUACAAUAACAGCUCAAUGAGUCUGAAUGCGGUGGGGCAAACAUACACUCUUCUGGUGCUGUUCAACCAUUGAUAGGGGCGUCGCUACGGGGCAUACAAGGCAGGCAAUUGACUCUGGCCCCGAGCUUGAAGGGCCCCCCUGAGGACAGCUGACUUCAUUAAUCUACUCUACAGCAAAGACAAAUCCAUGAGAACCGCCUCGAAAUAUAUGAUUUCCUUCAAGAGACUGCAAUGACAUGACCAUAAUCUCUCUUCGGGACCCCUAUACCAUUAACUUGCUAACACGUAAUUAGGCCACAGCUCGAAACACCGUGAAAUAUAACUACCUGUCAUAAGCCUACUGCUGGAAUCAAAAGCGCAGGCGAGGAGGAGAAAAACAAAAUAGGUCAAACUUUAUAAUAGUGGGCUGCUACAGUUCCCAUACACUGUUGGUAGCUUAUACAGUUUUUAGUAAACCGUUAUAAAGUGUUGGCAGAAAUGUGCCAGUCUGAAAAUCUGACAGUGUAGCUUUAGCUUUUUUUCGGAUGCAGCCAAGGCUGUGGAUUAAGUUUUCUUUACUACAAUGAGACAUCUUAUUUGUAUACUAUGUUACUCCUUUACAUAAUUAUGUAUUUCUCUACUCAUGAUGUUGAUAUACCCAAACAUGCCAGUCCCUACAUCCAGAAUACUAUCCACUUUGCUUUGUAAGCUACUUAAUUAAACAGUAAAAGGUAGAAGGUUACCCUUUCGACAAAGUCUCACAUGAGGACUAUGCUAUCCUGUGAAUUUGAGUACAAAUACGAGGAAUUGUAUUCUCUAAAAACUGGCAUACAAUUAGCUUGAAGUGGUUCCUAUAAAUAGUCCGAUAUAUCGGCUUGUCUUGAGUAACACUGCUUUAUAUAGCCUACGUAUGGGUGAAAUUAGGAGUUAAUUUGAAACCUUGUUGCUAAAUGUGUGUUCACAUGGUGUCGUGUCGCUGCUCUUUAAGCCUAUAGCUGUGAUCUGCACAUCAGAGGAAGCCAUGACAGUCUGAUGGGAUAUAUAGCAUGCAAUGGUGGCUCGCUCCAUCUUCCGAACAUAAUUGUUAAACAUGCCACACAAUCUCAGAGUUAUUUUUUAGCAACACUGUGUGUGACGAGCUGUCCUCUUUGUACCGACUAGCAAAUGCAUUAGGCAAAUUCAGAUGUUUCACGCCACAAUGGAUCCUCUGUCAAUUGUGCUUCCUAGGAAAAGGCGUCUAUGCGCUUUCCUCCUGUUCUCUGCAGUGUGGAGCCUCGCUUUGUCGGUGACAAGAUAUUCCAUCCCCGAAGAAAUCGAGGUGGGAUCCGUUGUUGCAAAUCUCGCUACAGAUCUUGGACUCGACAUUCGCAGCCUGGGUGAACGAAACGUGAAGCUCGAUAACAUUCACAACAAGAAAUAUCUAGAUAUCAACAAAGAGACCGGCGAUUUGUUUAUUCUGGAAAAGAUAGACAGAGAAUAUCUGUGCCCAACAAAGACUGUAUCAUCUUGUUUCCUGAAAAUGGAUGUCAUAAUUGAGAAUCCGGUACGUAUAUUUAACGUUGAAUUAGAAAUUCUGGACAUCAAUGACAAUGCACCCCAGUUUAGGAGAGAAACAAUGCACUUAGAUAUUUCAGAGUCUGCGACACCGGGGGAGCGAUUCUCAAUCACAAACGCCGUAGAUAUGGACGUGGGUAAGAAUUCCAUUGAAACGUAUUAUUUAAGUCAGAGCGAACAUUUCACCAUUGACCUGCAAUCGGGAAGUGAUGGGACUAAGUAUGUAGAUUUAGUUUUAAAAACGGAGCUUGACAGAGAACAGCAGGCUGUUCACAGUCUCAUUCUGACAGCUGUAGACGACGGGGACUCUCCACGAUCUGGCACUGCCAGUAUUGUAGUUCAGGUUCUGGAUACGAAUGACAACGCCCCUCAAUUUGACCGGCAAGUUUACUCUGUAGACUUAAUUGAAAACGCAUCAUCCGGUACCUUAGUAAUGAAACUAAAUGCAACAGAUAUGGACGAGGGUUCGAACGCAGAGCUGACAUAUUCGUACACCUUGUACACGUCAGAGAAGACCCAGGAGAAAUUUUCCUUAGAUCCAAACUCAGGAGAAAUCAGAGUAAAAGGAGUGAUUGACUUUGAGGAGAUUAAAAGUUUUGAAAUGUACAUUGAAGCCAAAGACAAGGGUCAGCAGCCUCUCUCUGGACAAUGUAAGGUGCUGAUGUUUAUCACAGAUCUAAAUGACAAUCAUCCUGAAAUUACAGUAAAAUCUUUAAAAAGGUCGAUAGAGGAAGAUGCUGCCAUAGGAACAGUAAUAGCUGUCGUAAGUGUAAGGGACAGGGAUUCGGGAGAUAAUGGUAAAGUUGAUUUAACUCUUCAUGAUAGAUUUUCACUACCCUUUGUACUCAACAAGUCAUCUGAGGAGUAUUUCUCUUUGCUUGUUUCUGAACCUUUAGACCGUGAGAAAGUAUCCAAUUAUGACAUCACAUUUAAAGUGAAAGACAGGGGCACACCAUCUCUAUCUGACAAUGAAACCAUCAGAUUAGAAAUACUGGAUGUCAAUGACAAUGCGCCACAAUUUCCUCAGUCUUUCUACACUAUCCAUGUGAUGGAGAAUAAUGAGCCAGGGACACUGUUAAGCUCGCUCUCAGCGCAUGAUCCCGACCUGAAUGAAAACCAGUAUCUUGUCUACUUCAUUAUGGAGAAGAUGAUUGCCAACACAUCCAUGUCCAUGCUAUUCUCCAUCAAUCCGGAGAACGGUAACCUGUAUGCGCUGAAGACGUUUGACUACGAGAGAGAGAGAGAGUAUCUCUUCCAUAUCGAGGCAAGGGACUCUGGUGUUCCUCCACAGAGCAGUAACAUGACCGUCCACAUCAUCAUCCAGGACCAGAAUGACAAUGCCCCUCUCAUCGUGUCCCCCUGGAGUGCAAAAGGGUCUGUCAUCGAGCAGGUGAUCCCCAGGUCCUUCGAGAAAGGUGCUAUGAUCACCAAAGUCAUUGCACUCGAUGCAGAUUCCGUCCAGAACUCUCGCAUCACCUACCAGUUCCUCAUGGUUACGGACAACACGUUGUUCAGCCUGAACCAGUACAACGGGGAGGUGAGAACCACGCGGAUGUUCAGUUACAGAGACCCCAGGUACCAGCGGCUCGUCAUCACUGCCAGGGACAAUGGAGACCCACCCCUCUCUGCCACAGUCACCAUAAAGAUCACAACAGUGGAGCAGGUGGUGACUGAAUUCUCAGAAACCACUGAAAUACCUCUCCAUUACGACUUAUUCACUGACUUAAACCUGUACCUGGUGAUUGGGUUGGGGUCUGUGUCCUUCCUGCUACUGAUCACGAUCCUGGUGAUCAUCGUGCUGAAGUGUCAAAAGCCGAAGCCGACCAAGCCUCCCUCCAACAGGAACAGCAUCAUCAGCCAGAGGAACUCCACCAUAGCGGACUCCACCCUGAUCUCCAGCGAUGCCUACUGGUACAGUUUGUUUUUGGCCGAGACCAGGAAAGGGAAGGUGGUGGUGAGACAGCCGCUUCCCAAUGGUGCUGGCUACUUUGUAUCCAGCAUUCCAAGGAGUAUAGCCAUGACAACGACCAGCGAAUCACGAACCUCCACAUUACAGUACUCAAAAUGAAAGGAAUCCCAUUCUGCAGCUGGAGGAGUCAAGCAGUGACCUGCCAUGACCUCAGAACACCAGCUCUCUCUCUUUCUCUUUCUCUUUUUCUCUCUCUCUCUCUCUCUCUCUCUCUUUCUCUCUCUCUCUCUCUCUCUAUGUGCACUAAGAUGACUUCCAUCCCUUCCAAUAACAACACAAAAAACUCUGUUCUUCAUAUCCCUGAAGAAGAAGCUACAGGGACCUCUGAUAUGAAAGCAACAGUCAAACAGUCACCUCAGUGAGAUGAAAAAUGCCAUAAAUAUCUCCCAUCAAGCAUGAAGCUGCAUGGCAACAGCAGAAGCUGUAAAAGUACAUUUGUAGAUACACAGGUAAUGCUUUGCAUUAUAUCUCCCUUAGCUAACAUAACAGUGGGUUAACAUGUAAUCGUUCAUGUUAACUAAUGAAUUGAAUAAUGUAAGUUCAGAGAUGCUGGAUGCAGUGUUAGAAGGCAGUGCUGUAUUUAACAUGACCGUCAGUGUUAUACCAUUAUGGUGUAUUUUUAUGAAGGAUGGGAUUUUGUUGUCAACUAACACAUGGAUUCGUGUUAGUUAAUGGAACAUUAAUGUAAAGCCUUACUGAUGUACGUAUUUCAAGUAUUUGACCAAACAAAGACCUAUUUGCUGGUGCUGCUUAGGCAGGAGACUUUUAUACAGGGUUGAUUGUAUGACACAGAGAGAAUGGUCACUCAGAGAUUUGCAUUUUAGUAUUCCUUCAUGUUUCACUAUAUUGUUUGUAAUGACGAAUCCGAUCAGAUUGCAAUGAAAAUAUCAAAACUGCAAAACUCCACAGAGUCUUUUGGUCACAGCUUGUACGUCUUUGACAAGUCUAUGAGAGGCAUUUCAAGACUACCACAUCAGUAGAUAAAAUAACAGUGUAAUUAAUCACUGGCAGACGAUACAUUUUAAACCUUUAAGAUCAUGGCUUGGCCAUGUUAGUAGUCAUCUAAGUGUUGGACAGAAAUGUACUCUGUUGCCAGUUUAUUAGGUACACCUAGCAAAAACGAAUGCAGUCUAGUACAACAGUCCUCCAAUAAAUCUUCCUUCAUGAUUUUCAGUUUAUGUUGAUACAGUUUAGGAGAGACGGCGAUUCAACUGAAUGAUCAUUUUGAAGGAUGCCGUUUGUGGUGCUGUUAAACUGUGUUGAAUUAAACACAAAGGUGUUUCUGUUAUUUAGCCUAGCAUCCAUAAUUGAAAUGGGGUAGUCAGAACAAUAGAAACAAUUCACAAUGCAAUACAAUUCAACAGCACCAAAAACAGCAGCCUCCAAAAAUGAACACACAGUUGUAUCAACAUCUCUAAAUUUGUUCCAACAAAUACUGAAUAUUAUUGCCUUCUUGAAGCUAAGAGGUAUUGCAGGUCUACUGUAUUAGACUGCAUUAGCUUUAGCUCAGUGUUCCUAAUAAGCUGGCAACUGAAUGUAUAAAAAUUAUAUUAAAAACUGAAUAUAAUCUAUGACCCUUAAGUGCUUUGAAAAGGGUUGCUGGGAUACAUGCACCCUUGGAGACAGACAUUGUAGAUACUUUCUUCUUGUCUGGUCUUUUCUAUAAGCCCAUCUAUGCCCUGUAAGGCAGAGAAUCAUAUCUCAGGCCAGAAUUACACAUCAGACCACAGCUAUCCUGGGCCAUGCGUUACGUGCGUUAUAGAGGUCCAGUAUGGCACAGAGCAGUGUGUUAUUUAACCAUAAAUAACCCAAAAAAAUGAAUUUAUUGUGUAGGAGUUCACAUGCGGUGCAAGCAAGACAUAGGACCUUUGGCUGAGUUCUAAUGUUGGUGCAGGUACAGAGAGUGCUAGUAUUACGUAGCUUUUGUAGAAGGCCUCCAGUGCCAUAUGGUUUCAGUGUCAUACUCACUGCUAUUUGCACUGUGAAAAUAUGCCAGUUACUUCCAUUAGUUUUUAAUCAAUAAAACCAUGAAGUCAUCAUCUCAACAUCCACAGUACAGAGCUGUAGCUAUAUACAUUUGAAAAGACUGUUUAAUUAAAGAAAGUAAUGUAUAAAUGUAAGUACUUUGCUAUUCAAUUUGCAUAUAUAAAUGAUUUUUUGUUCAUUGAAACAGUAUUGGCCAAGUCAUAGUUUACACUGUUUUAAUAUGAAUGAUAAUGUCAAAGUGUUAAAUGCACAUUUUGCAAUUUUAUCUGUGCUUCACAAUGGGUUUCCCAAAACAACUGGUUGUGUAAUGACGCCUAACAAACAUUCAGUUUGGCAGUAAAAUGGGUGACAAUUUAUUUGUUUGGGGGAAAACACACACAACAAAAGCCAAACAACGUGUCAACAGUAUGUCCAUUGCAUUCUGCAAGAGUUCAGGGUUCCUGUCAAUAUAGGGACCCCAUCCACUAACGUGCUCAGGACAGACUGGGGUUUAGUAAUCCUCAUUUAAUGGUAUAGCAUAUUGUUUUUGCACACAGCACAAGAGGUGGUGUGUUUAGGAUGAGUAAAAUUGCAGAAAGCUACUUCAAUUCUGGUUAAGUUCUAUAGAGCAACUGACUCUUAAUGCUGCUUCUUCUGUAUCAAGUGCUUUGAGUAAAUGAUUGUGUUGGUGGUGAAACGUCUCUGUCAGUUUUAGUUUUAGAGAAGGAAUUGAAAAUCAUGGGCCCUAUACCUAAAGCCUUUUUGGGGAAAUGACUCAUGAGUAAACGUAGAGCGCAUUUCCACACCUGGUCUGUGCUGUGAAUCAUCCACGCAGGAGUUAAACAAGCCAUCCAUCAGUGUGACAGAGUGAACGGGGGAGGGAGGAAAAGGUGCGGAGCACAUCAGAAAAAAGUGGGUCAUUUGCUCCAGUUUAGAUUCCUCUAAGACCCCCACCUCUCUCUCUCUCUCUCUUCCUCUCUCUCUCUCUUUCUGGUUUAGUCUCCUUAGACUCCCCAUCUCUCUCUCAGUGUUCAUGGUUAUUUUCAGGUCGGUUGCAUAAGAAAAAACAAAAAAUACGUUGCAGAUGAACACUAAAAUGACAGCGGAAAAAAGGACAGGUUGAUGUGAAAAAUUGGAAGUAUUAACAUUCAUUUUGAAAUUGUAUGAGGAAACCUUUUUGAUACCACUUUACACUGGUGUUUCUGCCUCAGCCUCAGCAUACUGAAUAUAAUAUGUCAGGGUCAUCUAAGGCUGUGGCGUGUUGUGUGGUUAUAACUCUGUUCAAACUCAAGAGGGCUGAGGGACACUGUCUGUACACAGAAAACUAAUGAAGAUGGAGUUGGUUUUUAAUAUCUGCAGGGAAUGUAACUUAAAUUGAAAAAUGUUGAAAAAAAAACUGUAAAUCCUUCGAACAUGUUGUUUUAAAGUGUAUUUUCCGUCUCUAUCUCCUCCCCAAGUUUCUCCCUGUUUAUUCUCUCUCAUUAUUCGCAUAUGUUUUGUCUAAUCCAGUCAGAUACACAGCUGCCUGGUCAUAUGGUCACUGUGUCAAUAACACCCUACACCUACAGCCGGCCCAAGCCCAGGUUGUGACGGAAAGCUCACGAUGACCUGAGUCCAAAAAUCCACCAAACAGAAUAAUCUCCCGAGCCGCUGCAAAAUCUCUUAUUUGGUACAAAGCAGCCGGGGGCUCGUGGCUCCAGACUGUGGUUGUUAUCAUUCCCAUGUGGAGAAUCUCCAGAGCCAUCUGUGUGUGUGCCAAGAUCCAGGGCAAUAAUGGCAAAACCUCUAAGCUGGCCACCACUGAGCCAAAUACCGCGACCUGGUUUUGUAGCACACGACUCCGUCGUGGGAAUGAAGAUUCUGUCUGUGUGUGUGUCUAUGUGUCUGUGUGUCUGUGUGUGUGUUUGUUUGUGUCUGACACAAAUGCCACAGUCAAGCUUACAAUGUGUACAUAAUGGGCAACAUUUCAUUAACAUGAGAACCACACAAUUUUCUAAUCCCAGCAUCCUCAUUUUUGUGUUUCCAGUACUUGCUCAGGGCAGGUGUUGGCAAAGUGCCAUGGGUAAUACAAACACAAUAACUACAAUUAAAACCUUUCAGAGUGUUUGUGUGUUUUCCGUGUUCUCCUUACUUUCUUUUACUGCUAAGAAUCCCUGCAUGGCUUUAUGUGGACUGUGUAGGCAGACUAAUCUCAUUGACAGGUUGCUAUGGUAGCACAUUUUUUUCCCCUUUUUCUUUUGUUUCAAAAGAGUCAAAUAACUCUGUACAGUGUACUCUCCCCUUUGGCCAACAUUCUUACACCCGCUAUUCUACAGAUUUGUAAAUGUUCUGCUUGUAUAUAUUGCAAAGUGAAUAAAAGGUUUAUCAUUGUA